CACCUUAGCUAAUCUAAUGUGAUGGACAUUUUUCAUCAGGUGCUGCUGAUUUUCUCUGAUGGACUUAAUGAAAACGUGGCGAUACUGAAGCAGGAAUCUGAGCGGCUAAGAGCCUCUGGAGUCAGCGCCCUGUUCGCCGUGGCCUUGAAGGAGGCGGCUGCCCCGGAGCUCCAGAUGGUUGAGUUUGGACGGGGAUACUACUACCAGGCUCCUCUGAGAAUCAGAGACCUGAGCAUCAGCAGCACCAUCCUGCAACAGAUGAGCUCUGUAGCGGAUCGGGUUUGCUGCAACGUUUCGUGUAAAUGUUCAGGACCUCCAGGCCCUCAUGGUCCUCCUGGGCAACCUGGAACAAAGGGCUCGCCUGGUCUGAAGGGCCACGGCGGCUAUCCUGGAGACGUAGGCUCUCAUGGCAGACGAGGGCCUCCCGGGCCUCCAGGGCCUCAGGGCACCCAGGGAUGUCCGGGAACCAGAGGACCGAAGGGAUCUCACAGCUUCUCUGGAGACAGGGGUGAAGAUGGAGAAGAUGGACUGAGUGGAGUGGAUGGAGAGCAGGGAAAGGAGGGGGUGGAUGGGAUGAAAGGACAGAAAGGAGAUCCUGGGAGCCAGGGAAUCCCAGGGAUCAGAGGCGAGGAAGGACUGAAAGGAGACCGAGGCCUGAGAGGAGAUCCGGGCGAGCCGGGGCGCAACAACAUGACACCAGGACCCAAAGGAGAACCUGGCAACCAGGGGGACCCGGGAACGCCUGGACGGCAGGGACGUCCCGGGAGGGACGGAGAGGACGGGAACCCGGGUCGGGACGGGAGACGAGGCGCCAGUGGCUCCACGGGCGCACCUGGAGACAAAGGGAGACCAGGACCACCAGGUGUGCCAGGAGCUUCAGGUCCAAAGGGACCCAGAGGGAACAGAGGCCCGCAGGGACCAAAAGGGAUGAUGGGGUUUCCUGGACGGCAGGGUGACCCGGGACGUGCUGGAGGACCGGGAGGCGGAGGACGACCCGGUGCCAACGGACAGAAGGGCCAGCCUGGAGAGCCGGGCCCCCAGGGGGCACCGGGGCCGCAGGGGCCGCGGGGGCCGCCGGGUGAGGAAGGGCGAGACGGUGCAGGACCUCCAGGAGCCCCAGGGGCAAAGGGGUCUGAUGGUUUCCCUGGUUACCCCGGUCCGUUGGGUCCGAAGGGAGAGAAAGGAACCAAAGGAUUUCCAGGUGGGAGAGGGAGCCGAGGUCGAGAGGGAAACUCGGGCGGAACCGGAGAGCCCGGCGAGCCCGGCGAGCCCGGAUUCCCCGGACGCAGAGGCCGGCGAGGCGUUCCUGGAAACAGAGGAAAAACUGAGUGCGAGUUGAUCACCUACAUCAGGAACCACUGUGCUUGUUGCCACGAUCCGCCCCGCUGCCCCGCCGUCCCCACUGAGCUGGUCUUUGCCCUGGACAUGUCGGAGGACGUGACGUCGGCGGACUUUGAGGACCAGCGGCGGGUCGUCCUCUCCCUGCUGCAGGACAUCAACAUGGCGAAGAGCAACUGUCCGGCCGGCGCGCGGGUGUCGGUGGUGGCGUUCAGCCGGCACACCCGCUACCUGAUCCGCCUGCAGGAGCACCGCAGCAGGGCGUCGCUGCUGGAGGCGGUGCAGAAACUGGCCAGGGAGCGCACCGCCGAGCGCCGCCACCUCGGCGCCGCCAUGCUGUUCGUGGGCCGGAACGUCUUCAAGCGGGUCCGGCCCGGGAAGACGACCCGAAAGGUGGCCGUGUUCUUCUCCGGCGGCCAGACGCAGGACCCCGACGACGUUCUGACCGCCGUGAUGGAGCUCCGGGCGCAGAACGUCGCUUCCGCCGUCAUCGGUCUGAGGAACGUGCCCAGGAUCAGCCGGGCCUUGGAGGUGGGUCGGGUUCUGGAAGGGGUGCCACCUUUCAGAAAUCCAAAUAAGGAACGCCCAGCACGGCGCGUCGCCCUGCUCUCAUGGGCUGGGCCGGCGGUGCAGUGA